GAAAAAAUAAAAACUGCAGAUAAACACUAUUUAUGGCCACCACUGUUAUGCAGCUGUCUAUAUUCACCCAUAUUCACCACACUAAAGUUGACAGUUCAACAAAGGAAAUAUUCGUCACUCAGAAAAAAACAUAUAUUAGAGGAAAAAUUAGAAAUUGUGGAAAAAUGGAGUUCAGAUAAUUUCUAAAAAUAUAAGUUAAAAACGCUGUUAUUAGAUCUAAAUGGAUAUUAAUCUAAUAUGAAGAUGAAAACACAAUUCAAAUUCUUUAGCAAAAAUAUUGAUUUUUUUAUAACAAUGUUGCGAGAUAAAAAUUAAUGAAAAUAUGUGUAAGAUGUGUAAGAAUAAUAAAGCACCAAAAAGAAAUAUAAUUUAAUAAAAGAAAACGAAUUAAAAAUAAAAAGAAAACAUAAAAGUUUUAAAAAGCGGUGUAACAUUGUAUUGCAGACGUGGCAUUAGACUUGGUUAUAAACAACAAAAACAAAAGCGCUGCUGACUGUAUUACACCUCGCGUCUGGCUGCAUAACGACGCAUACGAGCGAACAGUUUUUAACAGUUUUAAAAUUUCAGUAUGUUUGCUAAUUUUAAAAAUAGAUUUAUAUCUGUGAUUGCACCGGAUAUACCUCCGUUGCCAUCGCCGUCAGAUCAGCAAUAUCAUCGCGGUGCUUCGGGUAGUGGCUUCAGCAGGCCACCAGAUAAAUUUGCAUAUUCGCGACCGCCAUUUCUGCAAUUGCUGACACCAGAUGAGUUGCGUGCCUCUGCUGAUCAUAAUGUGCGGCCUAUAAUAGUACCAAGAGAUAUAAAUUUGCUACCUUGGGGCACAGGCUACGCUGAAUGUGUUAAUUCUGGUAAAUCAGAAUGGAACGAAGAUCAAGGGGCAUUUUGCAGACAAGUGCUUUCAGAUCCCACACAUAAACAUCCCGAUUUACCUUAUACGUACUUCGGAAUUUUCGAUGGACACGCAGGUUAUGGUGCAGCUUUAGCUGCUUCACAUCAUUUUCAUCAUAUAUUGCAUGAAAAAUUGGUUGAUUGUAUUGAAAUGUUACUGCCACGCAGCGAAGAGCAAGCAAUUGUAAAUCCAGCAAAUAGUUUUCCACAUCCCAGUCAUUUCCAUAAACGCGUCUCUAAAGACGAACUAAUAACUGGUGCAUUGGAGGGUGCAUUCUUUCACAUGGACUCGCUCAUAGCACAGGAUCGUGAUCGUUACCGCGAUGCAGGUGGUUGCACAGCCUGCGUUGCGCUCUUUAUUGAUGGCAAAUUAUACGUUGCCAAUGCGGGUGAUAGCCGCGCAGUGUUAAGUCAGCGAAAAGGAGUAUCGGCGUUGACAGCUGAAGAAAAAGAUAAGAAGACAAAUAAUACCGAUGGUGUCGGUUCAUAUCCAGUACCAUUUUCAUUUGAUCAUACACCGGAAACAGAGCGACAACGUUUACUAAAUGUUGCACGUUUGAAACCAAAUUUGUUGGGCAAACAGUAUGCAGCAAUGGAGUAUGCUAAACGACCACACGCAAAGGACUUAGGUCAACGUAUUUUGUGUCGCCAAGGUACAAUGAAAGGUUGGACAUUCAAAACAUUGACACGCGAAGAUUUACGUAUGCCUGUUGUGACAGGCGAAGGAAAACGAAGUCGACUUUUGGGUACAUUAGGCGUCACACGUGGUUUCGGUGAUCAUGACUUAUUAGCUAUUAAUACAGGUAUAUUAAUUAAACCAUUCCUGACACCACAUCCUGAGGUGACGAUACGGGAUCUCACUAAAGUUGUAAGCAUUCCAGAUGAAAAUAAUGAAGAUGGUGAUUUUGGUGUACUUAUCAUGGCCACUGAUGGCUUAUGGGAUGUUUCCGAGAAUGAGGCUGUAGCACGUACUGUAUUUCAAACGCUCUCCAAGUAUCCGACAGAAAAACAUCGUUACACAAUGGUAGCACAGGAACUAGUUGCUAAGGCGCGUGGAAAAAUAAAUGACUCUGGGCAUUGGAGACUCGCCGACAGCAAAGCUGCUGCCACAGUUGACGAUAUAUCAGUUAUAGUAGUACCAGUUUACCAGUAUUAUAAGGAACACAUUGAAUGGGAGAAAAAGUGCAAAGAAGAACAAAAGGCCCGCUUUGAGAGAGAAGCGCAGCAAGCUCAAGAAGCUAAAGAAAAUCAAAGUUUGUUAGUGAAUGGCGUUACUUUGGCAACAGUAGAAGUAGAGAACGACGAUGAGGGAAAUAUUGCAGAAUUAAAUAAAGUUAAAGAGCAAUCGACAAUAGAAAUUAUGGACAAUGAAAUGAAGAUCAGCACGGAACAACCUACAACUACGCAAGAUGAGCAAAACGUCCCCGCUUCUGACACUUCUGCAAAAGACACAAAUGAUGAAAUAAACACUACUGCUACCGCCUUAGAAGCUAUCAAUAUUUCAACAGCAAAUGAGAGCCAGGAAGGCAGUCCACAAUCUUCUCCAGAAAAAUCCAAUAAACCCAAGCCGCAGCAACAACAAUCUAAAAAUCGUAAUCGCAAAGAAGACCGAAAACGUUGAAAAAUUUUAAACGUUGAAUAAUAAAUCAAAGUAAAACAUACGCGAGCGAGGCACAUAUACAUUAAUUACCCCUCCCGUUGAAUGAAAAAUAUAUAAAUAUAUAUAUUUUUUUAAUAAUGCGUAAAUCAAAUAAUAAUUAGCAUUUAACUUUAAUUACCCAUUUAAAUUACGAUAAAUUUAAACGUAGAUAUAUUUAUUUUGUUUAUGCCUAAAUCAAGGCUAAUUUUGAAACUCAUUCCGAAUA